AUGUACUUUUAUACAUUUGGCCUGAAUGAGAAAUUCUGCUCGGGAGUCAGGAGAUACAAAGAGACAAGUAUGGGCCGGUUCGACAAGACUGUUGAGGACAUGUUCUUUGAGUGGAUGUCUCACGAUUGUGACAGCCAGAGCAAUAUUGCCCUUCAACAAAAGUAUGAUGAACUCUCGCAAUCGUUAAAAUUUGAGUACGGCAAUUUCUUCACGUUUGCACAGAACAUCUCCGACCAGAAGAAGAACUUUGAUGAGGAGACGAUUGUUUUGAAAGGCGAUGUACUAAGAAGCAUAAUGCAGAAGUCGACGAUGAUGGUUCUGAAAAAAUGCGCGGAAAAACGAGCACAAUGGAAAGAAGAGCAAGAGACAUUUGGAGACAUGUACUUUUAUACAUUUGGCCUGAAUGGGAAAUUCUGCUCGGGAGUCAGGAGAUACAAAGAGACAAGUAUGGGCCGGUUCGACAAAACUGUUGAGGACAUGUUCUUUGAGUGGAUGUCUCACGAUUGUGACAGCCAGAGCAAUAUUGCCCUUCAACAAAAGUAUGAUGAACUCUCGCAAUCGUUAAAGUUUGAGUAUGGCAAUUUCUUCACGUUUGCACAGAACAUUUCCGACCAGAAGAAGAACUUUGACGAGGAGACGAUUGUUUUGAAAGGCGAUGUACUAAGAAGCAUAAUGCAGAAAUCGACGAUGAUGGUUGUGAGGAAAUAUACGGAGCUGGAAACAGCUUGCAACAUGAAGUGGAACUUUCAUAACUCUCUCUUCUUCGCGGGCACUGUAGCCACCACUAUUGGAUAUGGAAAACUGACUCCACAAACCGCGCUCGGCAGACUUUUUUGCAUUGUUUAUUUAUCUGUGGGGAUCCCUUAUUUCGCGUUUCUGACGUCUACCUUGUCCGAUAGCCUCAACGCCCAACUUGGAAGGAAAAUUGGUCUCAAAUUAAUAACUUCACAAUUUAAAGAAUUGAUGGACCUUCUCUCAGGCUCGAUAUGA